AUAGCGCGCAGCCAUUCACUUGCCGCGAGCCGCGAAGCGGCCGCGCGGACGUCACCACAGCCGUCAGCGUUUGCCGCUUCUUAAGAUUCACUUUGGACCAGCCGCAGUCACAGCUGCAGGACCUCUCUGGACCAGCUCUGUCGCAGACUGCGCAAUCACCAGACCACUGCGGCAAACGAGCCCAGCUGAGCCGAACACCAGCCAUGGCCGACCCCGAGAAGCAGGGACCCGCUGAGAGCCGCACCGAGGACGAGGUAAUGGAGGGAGCCCAGGGUGGCGAAGAUGCCGCGACCGGUGACAGUGCCACUGCGCCCCCGGCCGAGGAGCCCCAGGCUCCCGCGGAGAAUGCGCCCAAGCCCAAAAAAGACUUUAUCGAGAGCCUGCCCAAUUCAGUCAAAUGCCGGGUUCUGGCGCUCAAAAAGCUGCAGAAGCGCUGCGAUAAGAUCGAGGCCAAAUUUGACAAGGAAUUUCAGGCUCUGGAGAAGAAGUACAACGAUAUCUACAAGCCCCUACUUGCCAAGAUCCAGGAGCUCACCGGAGAGAUGGAGGGCUGCGCGUGGACCCUGGAGGAAGAGGAUGAUGAAGACGAGGAGGAAGAAGAGGACGAGGAGGAGGAGGAGGAAGAGGCUGCAGCUGGCGCAACUGGGGGUCCCGACUCCGCCAAGAAGUGAGCACAGCAGCUGACAGAACUGGACUGGAGACUGAUGAGAGGUUGUCAGUUAGAUGGGAAUUAAAGUGCGUCACACGUUGAAAUCCAUUCAUCACACUACACCUGAACAUCCGAGCUAAGACAGAACUCUUCUCAAUGCUUAAUUCUUCAGUUUCUUUACAUUUCCCAGCGCAGAGGAAAAGGAACCCAAGAUCGACGUCAUCUUUAAGACUUUUGCUUUUGCAGACCCAGACAUCUGCUUUACACUCCAGAGGAGACGUGGCGCGGAGGAAGCCUGGACUGACAGCAUUUACUGUUUAUGUGGCUAGGAAAACUGCCAUUUUAAGUUGUGAAAAAUGUUUUGAAUAUUUGAAUUUACAGAAAGAACACGGUUCCAAAAAUGAGGGUGUAUUCCAUGUAUAAUAUUGUCAACACGUGUUCAUCUGUUAUGGUCUCAUGUUAUCCGUUUUCUUGGUAGUGUUUGUUUACAAAAUCGUAAAAAUUACCCCAAACGUUUUAAAGUAUUAAAUUACCUUAUAGCAUUUUAGAAAUAUAAUUUACUUGAAGAGAUGUAGAAUGUAGCAAUUCUGUAAAGCAUGUGUAUCCAGUGUUGCCUAGUUUGAUCUUUGUGAAGUCUUUUUGUCUUGUAGCUUUUAGCAAGUAGCUGUGAAAACCAUCAGAACUCCUCAAUGAAGCUAAUGUUUGGAAAAAGUAUAGACUUGAAGAACAAACCCAUGUGUGUAUCCCUACCCCCCAGCUCAGAAAUAGAAAGGGUUUAAGUUUGCUUGUAUUAGCUGUGCCUUCAUUAUUUUGCUAUGUAAAUGUGACUUAUUAAAUGGUGCAAAAUCAAAUUUUAUUGCUUGAGGACAGAAUGGCAUAAAGGAAGGGAAAAGACAUUUAAUGUAAAGGCCUUUAGCUUCUUUGUGGGUUUUGAAUUGUCUGUGAACCAAUGUUCUUUAAAGAAACACAAACAUAAAGUUGUUUACCACUGUGGUGUUAACAAAACAGUAUUUUCAAAAAUAAAAAAAAAUCUUGUUGUUCUGA